GCUAAAGUUUAUAGAAACUAGUAAAUUGUGAUUCGAGUCUUAGCUAAGUGUUAUGCUGACUUUCGAGUAAUAUUUGUUAUAUGAUAUAUGUGUACCAGUAUACUUGAUUAUUUACUUUAUGAUUUGGGUAUCUGAAUUAUAAGAAUUUAAGAAAUGCUAGCAGAACCGAUUUUUUUUACUAGCGCAGUAAACAGUGUUUGAUUGCUGCGAAAUAAUCGUACGUUGCCGGUCAACGCUUGCUAAUUCAGUCAGUCAAAAAAUAGCGAGAGUUAUUUAUUAAUUUACCAAUUAUCAAUGGAAAGUUGGACAGAUUUCUGCAGCAGAUCGCUAGUCGACAAGAUAGUUCAUUAUCUUACUGAGUGCACAUAUGAGAAUUUCACAGCUUUUAAAGUAAACAAUAGAAAUUUAGCAGUAAAUGGAGAAUUCUAUUUUAUCAAUAACUUCAAUGCGUGGAAAAGAUUUGUUCUCUGUGAUAGAAAUUGUGCCACUAUUUUGCAACAUUUCACGCACAUACAUGAUACGAGAGGAAAUAACACAGACGCAAAUGUGUCCAAGGAAGUUUUUGAACAGUUAUUAUCUAAGAGUGGCGACUGGCCCAUAAGAAUACAACGAUGCUCAUUGCAGAAGGAAAAGAUUUGUGUGUAUCUGAAUCGCAUGGAUGUUAUUCCAAACAUCAUUAAGACAGCUAUUAGCUGCGAUAAUACAUUUGGAAGAAUUAUUGCGAAUGAUAAAGUAUUUAAUUUAAGAUAUCAAUCUGAUACAAAAUCCGACCUCACUACUCAGAGACUACGUCUAAUCAGAAGUAUUAUAGCUAAAGUAAUGGAUCUACAUGGAUAUAGGAUAUCAGAUGAAGACUGUAAUGACAAAUAUAUAUUUACGUCGAGAUCAAAAGGAUCAAUUGAGGAUGGAUAUGAAAGAUAUGUUUGCGGUGUUGUCAAAAAUAUACAGUCAAAUACAAAGGAAAUACAUGCCACAUGGGAACAAUGCAUAAAAGACAGAAUGGAUUACCUGAAUAAUAAUUACCACUAUAUGUUUAAUUGCGAGGAGAAUGAAGACAACGUAGAGAAAUAUCUCAUUCUGUGCGAUAUGGCCCAUGCUAUUAUAAUCUUCGACUUAAUAUCUGUAGCACCUAGACAACCAGUUGUUAUAGAGUAUAACAUUUGUAAAUCUAGCACAUAUAUUAGAAAUACAAAAGGUGCAUCGUUUGUAUUGUAUAACACUGCCAGAAUAGCAAGGAUUAUAGCAAAGUACAAUAUGAUGGUUUUAUGCGGAGAGUUCCCUCCGUUACCGAAUAUCGACGAUGUGGAUUUUUCGCAAUUACAACAAGAGGAAGAAUGGGAACUCAUAUAUAACUUUAUUUUUGGAUAUCCCCAAAUGCUACAAAACUGCUUAAGAUACAAGCCGAAUUUUCAGAUUUACCCGCAAGUAAUCUGCACUUUCUUGUCAGAACUGUGUCAGAAAUUCAGCUCAUAUUAUGGAAAAACCAAAAUUCUGAUGGGAGGAAGUGUCCAUCUGGCUCCAAAAAUGUUUGCAAGAUUAUACAUGUUGCAAGCGCUGCAAGUUGUCCUGAGCAAUGCUUUGAGUAUUUUGGAUAUUAAACCAGUAUCUCAAAUGUAAAAUGAUGUUAUGGAUAAAAAGGUUUUAAUUAUUUAAACAAAAAUCUUUGUUAAACAAAUGUGUACAAUUUUUCAUAAAACCUCGGUUGACAGAUCCUCUAGCGCCAUCGAGUGAUGUGAACUGAAGGCUUGUUAGAAGGGUUUGAGUCUUGACUAAGUAAAUUCGAGUCUUUACUAAAAGACCCUCUAUAUAUUUUAAUCCAGUUAUGAAAACCCUUUAUAUUAGUUCCAAAGUUAUCCGCUACGAGUCGCCAUUAUUUUGUCACUUGAAAUCGAAAUCACAGCAGCCAAACGCAGGCGAAUUUUUGUCUUUGAAUAGAACAACUCGAUGCUGGGCCCGGAAAACUUUGAUAUUGGAUGUCUGCGAAAAUAUUACAAGUAAUUAAUUAUUGCCAAUGUUUCAUAUAAUCUGUUGUAACUUCCUAAUCGUAAUGGGGAUAUUAGUGAAGUUUGCGUUUAAAUAAGUGAGCUGAUAACAAUUGCUUUUCUGGGAGGUUGCAACAACAGGAGAUAUCGGUUAAAUAAUACACAAAUCUAACUUUAUUCACAUUUUUUGCCGUUUUUUUCCCGCUGAAUCAUUGAGGAAAUGAUCUGUAGAGAACAGAAACCUCUGCGAUACGAAUAGCAGUUA